AUGGCACAAAAAUUAGUCAAAAUGCCCACUGCCCAUGGGCAUACAUCGGGAAUAUUUGCGGACAUGUCCGUUGAUGGUCCCCAAAUCGGCACACUGGUGGUCAUUUUUGACCGAGCGAAGAAUCUUCCCAAUCGAAAGACUAUUGGCAAACAGAACCCCUACGUUGCUGCACGUUUAGGAAAAGAAGCGAAGAAGACGGAAACGGACAUGAGAGGCGGUCAAACUCCACGAUGGGACCAGGAAAUCCGAUACACCGUUCACGAAUCACCGGAUUACCUCCAGUUAAAAGUAUCUGUUUUUAACGACGACAAGAGAACGGAUCUGAUCGGAGAAACAUGGGUGGAUCUUAGCUCUGUUAUCAUCCCUGGCGGAGGACAGAGCGAUUCAUGGCAUGAAUUGAGAUUUAGAAAUAAGUAUGCGGGUGACAUCCGACUCGAGAUGACAUACUACGAUACACGUCCGGAAGACGAAGCCGUUAUUGAGAGGAGAACAGUGGUGACAGAGAAGCCGCAGUCGAGGUCUAGCAAUAACACCGCGCCCACUGGUUCAUCAUCACUCUCGGGACCGCGACAGCCACGGCCGAUUAAACGCCGGCCCCUACCAGAUGACCCGACUGGUGCUUCUCCAUCACGGGCGACUCCUGCGGCAUCUGCUGCACCCCCUGUACCUGUCGUUGCUGCCCCCCCUGUGGCACCUGCAGCCCCUGUUCAAGAUUAUUCAGCACCGAUACCCUCAAACACCCAGCCUCCUCGGCCCAGUGCAGAUUAUGCGCCGCCAGCAAGCUCUCAUCGACAGAGUGAUGCCCGGCCAUCGUCUAGGCACACGGAGAUGCCAUUUCCCCAAGCAUCCCAGUUUAAUCAGUAUGACCAUAACGCACCUGGGGGCAACACUGUUGUUCCUGUUGAUCAGCGGGACGACCAACACAGUGCUCAGCCUCGUCCCUAUCAUGAAUCCAACGACAGAUACUAUGGAGAACCCCAAAGGCAAAUGAAUCAUCCUGUUGCAGAAAGCUACGGUGAUGCCUAUGACCCUAAUAGUUACCAAGCAAGAGUCUCUCAUGAAGCUGUUGAGCAGUACUCUCAAUAUUCGAACCAGCCGCAUCCCUCCCAUCCUGAUGAUACCCGUUAUAGUGCGGAGCCAAUGCCCUAUAUCCCGGAUCGAUACGUUUCUCAGGCGCCGCAGUCUCAUGAGUAUGCCAUGAAUACUCAUGACGAGCCCUCUUACGAAGAAAACGACCCCUAUCGGCAUAACAACGCACUGAUUCAGCCGGACCCGCGUCGACAGAGCCCUUUGCGUCAGCUCAUGGCACCAGAAGAUGAUCGUUAUACAUACGCUGCUAUGCAACCGACUGUAGAAGAUGAGAAUGACGAAGGUUUACCUCCACCCCCUCCCAUCCACAGAACGACUGUCAACACAAACAUACCACCUUCAUCAGGCACUGCUGGCUACAAACCUUACUCCCCACAAGAGUAUACGCCUCCACAUCCUGAGACCAUCCCAGGCCACAUCGAGAUCUUUUUAUCCGGAGCCACCAAGCCCGCAUACACACCAGACCGCUCUUAUGGUCGCUUUCAACCAAGCGCUCCUUCUCGAGAAAUUGCAAAUUAUGUACCAAAUGUGCCACAGCCUCAGACUUCCGCCAUUCAACCAUUGCGCACUUCUCCAGCACCGAUAAUGGAUAGAGCUAGAUCAAUCAGUCCGAACCCGCGUCCAUUGUCCUACAGAAAGUCCAUAAGCCCUCGUCCGCCAUCUCGGGAUGAGCGUGACGUGUCCAGCGUACCCUUUUCUCCGGACUCGUUUGACACAUACAACCCCAGACGAUCACCGUCUGCUACUCGAGAGAGCGGAUCACGGUAUGCGACACCCGAUCGGAGCGUCGAAAGUAGUCAAUCGCCCAAGCCAAACUCAGAUGAUGGCCCCAUAAUUGCAGAUGACGGGCGAAUCAUUGACCCCUCAGAUCACCUCCCAUCGGAGUCUUGGGCGCCCGAGCCGGAGAAGAAGAACAAAAAGCCGGAAGUUAUUGUUCGUUUUAAACAUAACCCCCAGCAUUCUUCGUAUGCCGCUCGCUCAUCAACACGCGAUCAACAUCAUUCUGCUCCCACAACUCCAAAUGCUGUUGUUCGGAGCGUCGUCAGACCUCGCAGCACUUAUGUAAUACAGCAACCACGACAGUCAUAUGAACGUCAUCAACGCACCCCAACAACGACCACUUACACUCCACCUCGACCGUCGACUCGGGACUACGACCGACAGGAUACAUAUGCACAACCACAGCAACAUCGCGCACCCUCUCCGACGACGUAUAGUACUCCACCGCGGCAGAGGUCAAUUUCCCCCAAUCCACAGCCACGUUCUUCACCGCUCUACUCUUAUUCAGAGAGUGGACCGCCUAUUCCCGUCAAGGUUCCUAUCGCCGCGCCAGCCUCUAGUGGAUAUAUGGGUGGAAUGGACGCACUAAGCCAAGAGAUACAGUCAAUAGACAUCGGACCCGGAGGGUAUGACAACAGUCGCGGGGUUAGAAGAUAUGCACCUCGCGUUUCAGUCACUGGGGGCGGCAGUUAUCGAUGA